AUGGAAGCAACCUUGUUAGUGAAGAUUGCAAGUCUCCAGGACGGUCGAUAUUCUGACUUCGAAAUCAAAUGUGAGGAUCGAUCGUGGAAGGUCCAUCGUGCCAUCCUUGGACCGAGGUCAAGCUUCUUCGAGGGAUGUUUUGCAAAUUUCGAGGAGUCUACCACCAAUGUUGUAGAGCUCAAGGACAUCAUUGGGGGUAGCCAAAUCGUCGAUUUCGCCUUGCAAGCCAUCUACACGGGCCAGUACUGCCCGGCGCCUGCGGACGAACCUUUUUCACACCACGUGAGAAUGUUUAUUUUCGGUGACCGGCAUGGGAUACAGGACUUGGCAAACCAGGCCGUGAAUCAGUAUGGACAGCAAGUCGAAGCCACAAAGGCUGACGAGUUCAAGCACUUCGCAGACUUUUCGACUGCCAUCGGCCUGAUUGAGUCUGUCUGUCAGACCUCGAAGAAGAUGCGGCGCAAAUCGCUGAGCCUGGCGACGAGAUGUGCGAAGAAAUUAUUCGGUGACACAAAGGACGCAAAGCUUUUCAAGGAGUGUUUGGUAGAGUCACCCGCUUUCGCAGUCGACCUCUGCCAGAAGCUCGCGCUCUCUAGUGAUGCAUGGAAGUCUGCGUUUGCAUCUUUUCCUCUAAACGAGAUGGUUGACACAUAG